AUCAUGAUGCGCCUCUUCCUUACCCUCCUCUUCGUCACCCCCUUGGCCCUCGGGGCUCCCACGGCUCGCGCAGCCACCUGCGAGCGCGACUUCCUCAAAGCCCAAGCCGCCUCGUACGUGGCCGCCCAAAAGGCUGGAACCCCCUCUCCUCUGACCAACUCCUCAUCCUCCGGAUCAACCAUCAGCUACACCCAAAACUUCAAGACCGCCACCCUCACCACCGGCAUUUUGUCCACCCCCUUACGCAUCGACCACAACCGCAGCAUCUACGACACCACCCAAUGCGCCACCUACACCGAACUCAUCAGCACCGAACCCAACAAACAACACGUCAUCGGCACACAACUCCGUUGGUCCCCGGAGACCUUGACCCUCUCCAAAAUCGAAACCAUUGUCACCUCCAAAGGCGACUGGCUCUUUGACCCAACUUCCACGCUCAAGUACUCUUGGUGGAAUUAG